AACAGGUGUUUCUAGAUGACGAAUUUGUUGAACGAAAUCGAACAAAGAUUGAUGUUGCCCAGAGUCGACUUAAGAAGAUACAAAAAAUGGCGAAGAAAAACGAAAAACUUGUAACGACGAUAGACGAACAAAAGACAGUGAUAAACAAAUCCCGUGACAAAGAAAAAUCUCUGUCAAUAAAAAUUGAAAACCUAGAGAAAGAAUGUUCCGGUUUGAGAACAUGCAACCAUAAGAGAAGUAAUGCCUUAAGACAGAAACAAAAGGAAUUAGACAAAAAAAGAAAGGAGCUUCAAACACUGCAGAAUACAAUAAAAUUAAAAGAUGAAUGCUUGAGAAAGUAUUAUGACACACUGAGGCAAUUGUAUGAAGAACUGAAGCAGCAAUUAAAAAGACAUUACGAAGAAAAUUACAAGAUUGCAACUUUGGAGAUAGGGAAGGAAAAGCUGGAAAAUUUGGUUAGACAGCAGGAGAACAAAUCAUGGUGGAGAAAGCUCACUCGAAAACAACGCAGAACGGACGUUUCUACAACAAGUGACACAUCAUCAGUGACAGACCAUUGCUUUUCAACUAGCCAACAAGGGUUAUCAACCAGCCAACAAGGACUAUCAACUAGCCAACAAGGGUUAUCAACCAGCCAACAAGGGUUAUCAACCAGCCAACAAGGGUUAUCAACUAGCCAACAAGGGUUAUCAACCAGCCAACAAGGGUUAAAAACUAGCCAACAAGGGUUAUUAACCAGCCAACAAGGGUUAUCAACCAGCCAACAAGGACUAUCAACUAGCCAAUGGUUACUAACCAGCCAACAAGGGUUCUCAACCAGCCAACAAGGGUUAUCAACUAGCAAACAAGGACUAUCAACUAGUCAACAAGGGUUAUCAACUAGCCUACAAGGGGUAUCAAUUAACCAACAAGGGUUAUCAAUUAACCAACAAGGGUUACUAACCAGCCAACAAGGGUUAUCAACUAGACAACAAGGGUUAUCAACUAGCCAACAAGGACUAUCAACUAGCCAACAAGGGUUACUAGCCAACAAGGGUUAUCAACUAGCCUACAAGGCCAACAAGGGCUAUCAACUAGCCAACAAGGGUUAUCGACUAGCCAACAAGGACUAUCAACUAGUCUACAAGGGUUAUCAAGUAGCCAACAAGGGUUACCAUGCAGUCAACAAGGGUUAUCAACAAGCCGCCAAGGGUUAUCAAGCUGUCAACAAGGAUUAUCAACUAGCCAACAAGGGUUAUCAACCAGCCAACAAGGGUCAUCUACUAGCCAACAAGGGUUACUAA